GCGGAGGCGGAGCUGCCUCGUCGCCGGCGCCCUUCUCCUCCUCCUCGGUUAGCGGCCAAGAGGCGCGGGGGUGGCGGGCAGUCAGCCCAACUCUGGCCGGAGAGAUGCUGCUGUCGCUGGUGCUGCACACCUACUCCAUGCGCUACGUGCUGCCCGCCGCCCUGAUGCUGGGCACCGCGCCCACCUACGUCCUGGCCUGGGGCGCCUGGCGCCUGCUCUCCACCCUGCUCCCCGCGCGCGUCUACCACGAGGUGGACGACCGGCUGUACACCCUCUACCAGAGCAUGGUGCUCUUCUUCUUCGAGAACUACACCGGCGUGCAGAUAAUUCUGUAUGGUGAUUUGCCAAAAAAUAAGGAGAAUGUGGUAUGUAUAUCAAAUCAUCAGAGUACAGUUGACUGGAUUAUAGCAGAUAUGUUGGCCAUCAGGCAAAAUGCUCUGGGACACGUUCGAUACGUUUUGAAAGACGGGUUAAAGUGGCUUCCUUUAUACGGGUGGUACUUUUCUCAGCAUGGAGGAGUCUAUGUGAAACGAAGUGCCAAAUUUAAUGAAAGGAAAAUGAGGAACAAGUUGCAAUCCCAGCUAAAGGCUGGAACUCCAAUGUAUCUUGUGAUUUUUCCAGAGGGAACACGGUACAACCCAGAGCUACCAAAAACCAUUGCAGAUAGUCAAUCAUAUGCUGAGAAAGCAGGACUUGCUGUAUUAAAACAUGUAGUGACACCACGGGUGAAGGCUACUCACGUUGCAAUUGAUUCAAUGAGGAACUAUUUAGAUGCAGUUUAUGACAUUACGGUAGCAUAUGAAGGUACUGUGGACCAGAAAGGACAAAGGAAAGUGGCUCCAUCCAUGACAGACUUCCUUUGUAAGGAGUGUCCAAGAAUCCAUAUUUAUGUUGAUCGCAUUGCACUCAAAGAUAUUCCUGAAGAACAGAUGUAUAUGAGAAGAUGGCUUCAUGAACGUUUUGAAAUCAAGGAUAAGUUGCUAAUAGAAUUUUAUGAUGCAAAAGAUUCUAAAAGAAGGAACAGGUUCCCUGGGAAAUGUGUCCGUUCCAAAUUAAGUCUCAAGAAAACUUUGCCAUCUUUUCUGUUUUUAAGUGGGCUGACUGUUAGUAUGCUGCUGACAGAAUCUGGACGAAAACUCUACGUGAAAACAUGGAUCUAUGGAACUUUGCUUGGCUGUCUGUGGGUCAGUGUUAAAGCGUAAGGUUCUGCAUCUACAGCCAGUGACAUUAUUCUCCCGUCUUGCACAUCACACCAAACUCUUUCCUGAAUUUAUAAAAUGUAAAUAAAGCCUUAUUAAUGGAAAAUUAGAUGAAUUGAGAAUUGUGGCCUAAAUUUGCCAUGGUCAGUGUGGAGAACAUAUAUAUGUAAUUAUGCUCCUGAUUUUUUUCUCCCAGAAAAAGCAGCAGAGAGCCAGAAUUAUAAUGCAUUUUCCCUCUAUGGAUGGAUAUCUAUCUGCACAUGAUUUAAUAGAACAUGUGAUUAUAGAGAAACAGCUGAAGUGGACCUCUGAAUGUAUUUACUGAUAUUACUUUAGGUUUAUAUAUUUAUUCGUUACCCAUGUUCCUUAGUUCACUACGGAAAUCACCACAGCUGCAUCACAAACUAAAAACCAAAGCUAAUAUCUACCAACACAUUUGUUUGCUUUUUUUCCUUUUUAAAUUGAGUUUCUCAAAUUUACAAAGCAGUUGGUAGAACAUGAAAAGCUAUUUUUAAAAAAUGGGUAAAAACUCUUCAUGUGGAAAUUACUUUAACAUAUGCAUGAUUUAAUUAUAUAACUAGAUGGCUUAGUUUUUGUUUGCAACGUUGUUUAAUUUUAUUCUCGAAAAGGCUUGUGUUCUUGAUUUAAAACACCCUGUGUUGGUGCAUAAAUGAUUUUAUAUAUACAAUAUGUUCAGCUAGUAAGUUGAUAAUUGAGGCUGUCUUGGUUGUAACCUACCUAGAUUUGCAAAUAGCAUAUUGGUACAUUUCAGCUACACAAUUAGUUUAAGUCAUAAUAUGUGUGCCAUAAACAGCAGCGCACAUUCCAGUUUCCUGUUACCCCAGGACCACUUCGCACGGGGUAUUUUGUCCACAACGAAAACGAUGGCUUUUAUCAGGAGAAACCAUAUAGUGUUGCUUGUGAAUAUUUUGCUGUGAAUACACCAGUCGGGAAACAAGAGUUGGUAAAACAUUGACUUGUGUGGAGUGGUCCUGAGCCAUAUGGAACCAGAUGAAUGCGCCAUGCCAUGAUUGAUGCUGCCAUGCAGCUUGGAGUAUAUUUUAUGGUAACAAGGAACAUCAAUGUGUUCUUGCCAAAAUGUAGACUAUGUGCCUUUUUAAUCUACUGAUCUUAAUUUAACCGAAUAUUUCACAGCCUGAUCAUUUAACACUGUAAUUUUGGGGUACUUCCAAAGCUUUUCACAGUUGGCGUGCACUUGAACUUGAAGUAUGCAGUUUUGCACUGUAGAAUAAUAGUGAGAGAUGCAUAUUCUAUUAGUAUUUAAUCCACUCACCAAUGCGUUUCGUAAGAACCAGUGGUUCUUGUUGCUAUUUGGUGAUAUAUUGGGAAAGUAUUUCCUGUUGUCAUGGGGCUAAUUAUUCUGUAUCAACUAAGGGAAGGGAUUCUAUUUCGUAUCUGUUAUUUUGUAAAAACAAAACAAAAAAAAAUCAAGAUUCUGCUAUCAAAAUGGAAAAAGAUUAGAGUCUAUUUUUAUCUUUCCGAAUUUUUUUCACAAUAAGUUUCUGUUGGCCUUGGAAUUGUUGAAGACCCAUCAUGAACUAAAAUGCUUGUCUUAGAUUUUUAAAAUAUUAAAUACGUUUAGCUUCAGCUAUGAUGAGUAAGAAA